AUGGCAACUCCUCGCUGGGCAGCCAGUGGGCCUGCCAAGGUCUUUCAGAGCUAUGGGCAGUGCAAGGGGGAGGAACGGCGCCGUGAACUGGUCGCGAGCCUCGGCGCGUCCGGCGAUGCGGAAGAGACCUUUCAACGAGCGGCGCUGACCCUGUGGUCCAUUGCACUGGAUGGAAAGGCUAAGAAGUUCGCUGCUGCUGAGGGCUCCACGUUGCCUGUGCUUAGUUUAGCGCUGACGAAUCGCUUGGAGCAGCUGGUGGGAGCCAAAGCCAGCGCAUUUGACCUCGACGUCACCAAAGCGCAGGCAGCCUUGCAAGCAGCACGUGACGCGGGCAGCGCGCAGCAGGUGGCGGAUGCCUCCCUGGCGCUGGCUGCAGCGCAGGUACUUGUGGAGCCCAACUUGGAAAAGCUGGCAGAGAUCGUGGAGCUGGUCAUGGGGGCCUUGACCUUAUUGGAAGAGGACAAAGCUGGAACAGCAGUGGCCCUGAACAUUUUGGCCAAUGUGCACAUCUUGAUGGGCCAUGGGAAAGAUGCCCUGCGAGCCGCGAAACAGGGUCUUUAUGCACUUCGCUCCAUGGGUGGGCAAAAGAUCUUCGAGGUGCCUUUGCUCCAGACGAUGAUGAGCGCUUGCUGGCUGCGCAGCGACAGCGAUGAAGCCCUCCGCUGCUGUGAGGAGGUAGCAGGGAUUUGCCAAGAAGCCAAGGUAGAUCCAGUGAUUCUGGCCUUAGCCGAUGGCUGCACAGCAUUGGCCUCCUUGGCCAACGAUGAGCAGGGCCCCGCCGAGCGCAAGGUGGAGACGGCCUUGAAGUCGCUCAAAGAUGCAGAUGGGCAGAUCUUGCUGCUGGGAGCCCUCCAAGAGAUCAGCUUCGCGAUCGGAAAGCCGGUCUCCGCCCUGAAGGCCGCGCAGGACUUGCUGGAGAAGGAACGAAAGCGUGGAGUGAAAGAGGGCGUCGCUCGUGCUUUGCUGCUGGUGAGCGCGAGCAGCGAGGAAGACGAGGCCAAAGCGAAGGCCACAGAGGCGAAGCAACUCUUCGGAACCUUGAGAGAUCCCCUGGGCGAAGGUUUGGCCUUGGUUUCCUUGGCCAAAGCUCAACUGGCUUCCUCCACAGCUUCUGCGCUCCCAGUGGCCAAGGAGUCCUUCGAGGCUUUCCAGGGCUGCUUAGUGGGCCAAGGCUUUGCCAGCAGCCUCUUGACCUUGGCAUACUUGAGGCAAGAAGAUGCCAAGCAGGCCGAGCGCACGUCGCGAGAGGCGCUUACCAUGUUCCAGGAUGGGAAGCAUCGAGUGGGACAGGCUUUGGCGGAGUUUCUGUUGAGGAAGUCCCAAGAGCUUUCCCAGAAGCCCAGCGAGUGCAAGAUUGUGAUCGAUGAUGAUCGUGUGGCGCAUGUCGAGAUCGCAGGGAUUUGUACUCCGAAGUCCUUGGAUUUCGUGCUCAACGCCUUGCACCAAGCUCGUGUCAAGGAGGGAGUCAAGGCAGUGGUGAUGCUCCUGCGCGGCAGCAAGGGGCCAGUGAGCCCAGCUGGAUAUCCUGGAACAGCUGGAGGCUUGAGCGCCACGCCACAGGCGCAGGCCUUGGCCAGUGGAAGUUUCUUGCUGGGCCUAAGAACUCUGGGUUUACCGAUGGUGGUUGCAUGUGUGGGAAAGAUCGCUGGCCCUGCCUGGGGAUUGGUCUUGGCUGCGGACUAUCGCAUUGCCGCCUCGACGUCCACCUUCAUCUUGCCCAUCUGGGGCCCUCCGGAGUGCUUCGGCGAUUUGGUAGGCCACACCGUGGCCAUGCAGCUCUGCUACAACCAGGGCCCUGUGAGUGCCCUGACCAUGUUGGAGUACGGUGUGAUCCAUCAGUGCCAACGAGGAGAGGAGGAGACCCAGUCCUCUGCCGCAGAGGUUGCCAGGCGGAUUGCAUCCACACCCAGCUUGGCCUGUCAUCAGAGCACGACGAUGUUGAGCCCCGCGAUUGAAAAAUACGCCUCCAUCGUCGCACGUGGAGGCGUCCGUGCUUAG